AUGAGCAGGCAAAAACGUGAUCCUGGGUACGUAAUCGGACUAGAAGAUCAAAUUGAGCUGCUUAAAGAUGAGUUGAACCGCCUCAAGAAUUUGGGGCCGGAAUUUAAAGAUAUUCCUCAGUUACAACAUGGAAACCUGAGCCAGAAUUGCAUCACAGGACAAGACGAAGCUUCUGCGGCUUGUGGAAAGAUAUCAAGAAAGUCUACACCCAUCCAGGACAUCAGCUCCAUGAUAUGGCGCAUGAGCAUCGAAGACUCGGGGGAACCGGCUUUUAUCGGCCCAUCUGGGAACGCUUGCUUCCCUACUGCGCAAAGAACACUCCCUGAGGAUAAACUAGACCCCCAAAAAUUGACCAUGAAGAGCCCUGUUGUGCCAACAGACCCAAGCAACCCUGAAACGCUGAUCACGAAUCGUCUUCUCGACCUGUUUGUUGAACUGAUCAAUCCUUUCCAUUACUUCGUGUGCCAGAACGCACUCGGUCAACUACGAGCAGAGGAUAUAAAGCCAGACUUGAGCUUAGUAAAGCACGCAGCCAUGGCUGCCGCAUCAAUCUUGGACGAUGAUGAAGACAGCCGUGCUUUUGGAAACGAUGCCGCUUCUGCAGUUGAGUCUGUUCUACUGCCAGCUUGCCGACAGUACCCUAGUAUACCACUAGUUCAGGCCUUGGCCAUCAUGUGCUGGCGCGAACUUGGUCUAGAAAACUAUAACAUGGCCUGGAUGUAUAACUUUAAUGGAUCAUAUUUCCUAGCCAUGUGCGCCAGCAUGACACUGCAUCUUGGGCUUCCAGUUAGCUCGCUACAUGCUCUCGAGAGACCUACGAAUGGAGAUGACCGUGCAGGCAUAGCUGCUGCUUGGUCUGCGCUGUUAAUUGAUAGCGCCUUCCCGUCAAAGCUGACUCGGGGGAACAGAAUUGCGACCUCACUGCUUGGACGAAAUUGCAUGUUACCAUGGACGAGGGUCCGAGCACCUUCAUUUAUCAAUACAAUUUCCGUACCAAGUAUAUGUGAUCUGAUUUUUGAUUCACAUUGUCGGCUAUGGUUUCUUCAUGAUCAGUGGAUGGACAAGAUCUACUCGUUCGACUUUGAUGGCUUGAAUAGCCCAGAACAACAUCGACUUCUCCUGAGUGCUCGCGAGCAACUUCUUUCAUUCUACCGAAAUUUAGACGCGCGUGUUCACCUGAGCUCAACCAAUUCGUCGCCCCCAGUCAUUAUUCUUCAUAUGACAUACAAUAUGUCCCAAAUCCUGAUACAUCGGCCCUUUCUCAAGCACCCCGCCGAGAGUAGUCCAUUUCGUCUCUCCAUGCGAGCGAUGUCUAUUGCCUCCGUUUCUCUGGUCAAACUGAUUCGGGAGUAUGAAAGGGUUGCACAAUUAGACAAAGCACCACCGUACGUGGCACAUAGUAUUAUGACGGCCGCCGUCACUACCCUUCUUAAUGCGACAUCGACGCAACCGACUUUAAAGGGUCAAUCCAUCAGACAUUUCCGUGUAUGUUUCAAUGCUCUCAUGUCAAUGCAGAACAGAUGGAUUAAAGCAAGAAGAUUUGUUCUCUCUCUCCAAGGACUGGCGCAAAGAUGGGGUAUAAUGCAAGCUCUCCCUUUGCAUGGAUUUCCAGCAAGUUCUUUUAUGCCCACUGGGCAAACUAUGGAAAUGCUUGACGGGACAAGGUCUGGAACAAAGUUGCAAGACGAGCCUCUGGAGGAUUUUGAGAUCGAAAAUGUGUUGGAAGGUAUAUCAUGGUCUGAUUUCAGCUCGAUGGACUUUUUUGCUUCCUAUCAGGCCGAAAUUACGGACCUGCAUAUGCCCUUCGAAUGCCAGCUUUAG